CUGUGCUGGACAGAGAUGGCCUGGGUGCUGGUCGCUGCCUUCUGCCUUCUGAGCGGUGCCUGCGCCCAGGAGUGGUGUGUGACACUCGCACCAGGGCCCCUUGCUGGAUGGGUCGGCUCCUGCGUGACCAUCCCCUGCUCCUUCACCUACCCCGCAGGGUGGACGGUCAGUGCCGUGAACUGGACACGGGACGGGAAUCAAACCGUGUAUCACUCGGAUGAAGCUCGUGUCCGCGCUGCCUUCAAGGGGCGCGUCCACUACCUGGGGAACAAGCAGCACAACUGCUCCCUGCGGGUGGCGGGGCUGCGCCCCAGCGAUCAGGGCACCUACCGCUUCCGGUUCGAAGUAGUGGGCGAUGGCAGCAGCCGUAACGCAUGGACGGGUCAGCCAGGACAGCAGCUCAAUGUCUCCGCCCAUCCGUGCCAGCCCUCCCUGGAGAGCCGACUGAAACCGGGACCCUCCCUCACCUGCUCCGUGGGGGCCAACUGCUCCCAUCACCCCUCCUGGUACGACCGAGAUGGCGCGCGGCCGAGCCCAGAGCAAACCCCGGGCGGGGCUGGGGUGACCGAGCUGCAAAUAUCCCCGUCCCAGCUGGACCCCGGCGCGGCGCUGAGAUGCCAGGUGGAUGGAUACAGGGAUGAGUGUGACUCUGCCCAAUCCCAGCCCCUGGGGACAGUCCCCGGGACACCCACAUACAUCAUAGGGCUUACUGUUGUGCUUGUCCUGUUACUGCUGGUGGGGCUGGUCGGCGUCACAGCUUGGAGUAAGAUGCGGCGCAAACGCCAGGGAAUGAGCAGCACUGCGCACCAGCCCCCCAGGUAA